AUGGAGUACUUCGACUUUGAAGGUGCCUCAUCGGCUCAUGAAUCCAACCACCCGAGUGACGACGUCGGCUCGGUUGAUCUAGAAUUUGAUGACGCCGAGGAAAGGGCUGUCAAUUUCAAAUCUUUGCUUCAAGAUGAAUCAUUGGAAUUUCUCCACGACCCGCCUGUCCCGGAGACCGCCGAACAAGACUUACCUGAUGCCGUUGGUCCCGAUCAGGACACCGGAGUCUACCCCAUGUUCCGCGCCGAACAGCCCUGUGACUUUUGUCGACGAAUGGGCCUCGAUUGUUUUGUUGCCAAGCGUGGAGUUAUGCAAAAUGGUUGUACCUGUUGCAUCUCUCUCUACCGCGAAUGCAGUUUCACCCAUGCCAAAGUUCCUGGCAAGUUUCUUCAAACAUUACAUCCUGUGUCAGAGAACGCCUACAUCCCAACGGGCGGCCUGACUGGGAAACGAGCACUCAAAUCCGUAUCCUACGGCGGCUUUGGGGAUGAUUCAGAACCGCGUUCCCGCAAAAGCAGCACUACUCGAUUUUCGCGCAAUGCCCUCAAUGUUCUCAAGGGUUGGCUGCGAGAUAACAACGAUAACCCAUAUCCUACUGAGACUGAGAAGGAUGAAUUGAAAAACAACACCGGCCUUACAAGAACACAGAUCGCCAAUUGGCUCGCGAAUGCUCGACGACGUGGCAAGGUUCGCCCUGCCAGUGGCCCUGGAUCUUCUACUCCAGGCGCCGUUAACAUCCCUGGUCAAGAAUCAACAGAUGUAUCACUCAUGACUCCCAUUGAACGUUGGAAACACUCGCCCCCCGAAAACGAACCUGCCACCAUCGGUGAUAUUGCUCGCGCCUUAGCAAACCCGCCAUUCGAUCCGUCCCGUCAACAUCGUCUGUCCCAGUCGGGUCACGUGAGGGCACAUCGCCCUGGAUCUACCAAUGAGUCAAGCCACGCAAGCUCAGACCACAAAAGAUAUACCGCCUCAGGAAGUAGUUUGGAUUCUAGUCACUCAUCCCUGUCUGACCUUUCCUUUGCUUCCGCAUUCUCCCAUCGAUCCUCUCGUUCAUUUGGCUCAAUGGAUCGCAAAGAGCGUCGCCGUCGCCGCAAGGCAUCGGUACCUGUGAAUACUUUCAAUCAUCAGAAGGCUCGAGCUGUUCGACCCUUCCAGUGCACUUUCUGCACUGAUUCUUUUGCUGCCAAAUAUGACUGGCAACGUCAUGAAAAGUCCAUGCAUCUCAUCUUAGACAAGUGGACAUGUUCCCCUCAUGGCGGCGUCACUGAAGAGAAUGGCACACUUCGAUGCGUCUUCUGCUUUGCCAUCAAUCCUGACAAAGACCACUUGGAAACACACAACUAUCUCAAUUGUCAAGAAAAGUCCAUCCAGGAAAGAACUUUCUAUCGGAAGGAUCAUCUCAAUCAACACCUUCGUCUCAUGCACAAUGCCAAGUUUCAACCCUGUAUGGAGAUUUGGCAGAGUAGCAUCACCAACAUCAAGUCCCGCUGUGGGUUCUGUGCAUCAGUAUUGCACACUUGGAAGGAUCGCGUGGACCACCUUGCCGGUCACUUCAAAAAUGGGGCCAACAUGUCCCAAUGGCAUGGGGAUUGGGGCUUCGAGCCCUAUAUUCUCGAGCGUGUUGAAAAUGCCAUUCCACCAUACAUGAUCGACUAUGAGUGGCGCUCACCAAAUCCUUGGACCACCGUGCAGGCGCAAGGGGAUGGAUCUACCCCGAGGCUGAGUGUACCCAAUGACGCCAAUUGCUAUGACCGUCUCUCACACGAGCUCACUGCGUAUAUUCACCAUCAAACCGCAGAAGGAUUGAUCCCUACCGAUCAGAUGAUACAAGCUGAAGCCCGUCGAGUUAUUUACGGCAGCGAUGAUCCUUGGAAUCAAACCUGCGCCGACAAUCCUGUCUGGCUAGGUAUUCUGAAGCGCGAUACUGGACUCCAAUCGGCUGUGAACAAUGACAGAAUCCGGUACUCAGAUCUUGGGUUACAACCUCCCUUUGCCGUUGAUGGAGGGCUGCGCAAUCCCCCACCAGAAACCAAUAUUCUAGCAAGGGCUGUAUGCCCUGGUGCCCUACCCAGCCCUGCAGUAUCCAGCCCUGGUCUCCGGAGUCCGGCCUACCCGGGAACCGGUUUCUCUUCUGCCGGCCCUAGCGGUACAGGCAGUCUUUCAGGCAGCUAUGUUGGUAGUGCAGGGAUGGUAUCAGCUGGCAUUCCGGCACUUUCAUCUGAUUGGAGUAGUAGCCUUCCAGGCAACGCUUCGGCCUCUUCUGCUCCUGCAGACGGGUCUACUGACCCGUUGGUCCAGAUGGGCUUCGACCCAGACUUUCUACGACGAUUGAACGACAGCUACAGUGAACUUACGCCGCCUGAGCUGGAGGACCUGCCUUUAAGCCAUCCCUCGGCUUAUGACGGUAAGGGAAAAGAGAAAUGGGUGGAUCCGGGCCAACGAAUCUCAGAUCCUAAUGCCUUUCUCCAUUCAAAAGAGGACGGUCCUGCAUCAGAGAAUGCCCAGCAGGGCCGGCCUGCAUUUUAUGAUGAUGUGGGGUUCUGA